AUGGCCGUCAAUAUUGAUGGGCAAGCAACUUCAUCGUCAGAGGGCGUAGCCGAGUUUCCGUCAAUCAAUGAGAAUGGCGCACGCGACGAGGAAAGUCCCUUGCUUCCGCAAUCGGAUACAGACUCGAAGGUGAAGCCUUUGACUGGUGUCGCAACGAUUAUUGCAGUGCUGCUAGUUGGUGAAUUCAUAUCCAAUGCCGAUGCGACACUCGUCAUGGCGGCCGCAGGCCGGAUCGCCUCUGAGUUCAAUCGUUUGCGCGACGCGAGUUGGUUGUCCACCGGAUACACGCUGGGUUUAUGCGCGGCACAGCCGAUGUAUGGUAAACUGAGUGAUAUCUACGGUCGCAAACCGCUUCUGUUGCUCUCUUAUUUCCUCUUCGCCUUCGGGUGUAUCAUGAGCGGCAUCGGAACGAAUAUGUGGCUGGUUAUUCUUGGUCGCGCGAUCAGUGGAAUGGGCGGUGCGGGAAUCAUGACGAUCAGUUCGAUUAUUAUCACGGAUAUUGUGCCCAAGCGUGAAAUUGCAACAUGGCGGGCAUAUGUGAAUAUUGCCAUGACACUCGGUCGAAGUCUCGGAGGUCCACUCGGUGGAUGGUUGAGUGAUACGAUCGGAUGGAGAUGGUUGUUCAUCCUUCAAGCUCCAUUCCUUGCUCUCGCUGCAGUACUGGUAAUCACCAAACUCGGUGUCGGAGAGAAGAUCGAUACCUCCAAGGACAGCAAAUUCGCCAAAGUCGACUUCCUCGGAACAGGUCUUCUUGGAUCAUCUAUUGUGGCCAUGACCCUUCUCCUCGACCAAGGCGGCAAAUCCUUCCCUUGGAGAUCAUGGUGGACAGCACUUUUAGGAGGCGGUGGAGUCACCCUCUUAGUGAUGUUCGUUCUCGUUGAAGCCUAUGUCGCACGCGAACCUAUCUUCAAUCUCCGCAUCCUCCGUCGUACCAACGUCUCAGCCGCAUACAUAAUCGGUGCACUCCAAAUCACCGCCCAGCUAGGAAUGAUGUUCUCCGUCCCGCUCUAUUUUCAAGUAACACAGCGCGCGUCAACGACAGCCGCAGGUGGUCAUCUCGUUCCCGCUGUCGUGGGAAAUACCCUCGGUGGACUGAUGGCAGGAAUAUUCAUCCGCCGAACUGGACACUUCAAAGUCCUGCUUGUGAUAGCAGGUCUGGUCGCAUCCAUCUCCUAUAGUUUACUCUACCUCCGCUGGGAUGGACAUACCGGAUUUUGGGAGUCACUAUUUAUCCUGCCAGGUGGACUGGGAACAGGCAUUGCAUCGGCUUCAGCAUUCGUUGCAAUGACCGCGAUGAUUCCACCUGAGGAAGUGGCAAUGGCAACAGCAGGAUUCAUGCUUCUCGUUGGAUUUUCUAUGACGGCUGGAGUAACAACAUCGAACUCUGUUCUUGGCAUGGAGUUCCAAAGACAACUGAAGAAAAGUCUCCACGGACCCGAUGCUAAAAUCGUCAUUCGGCGGGCUAUGGCUGAUACGGGGUACAUUGCUCAGCUGACUGGCAAGGUGAGAGAGAUUGUGGUUGAAUGUUAUGUCUCCGGCUUGAAGCAUACUUAUCUGGUGUCUCUCGCUUGUUCCCUUUUAGCAUCCUUUACAGGGCUGUUCGUAGCGCAUCACGAGAUAUAG